AUGCCGCCAGCUAAGAGCAUGACGGCCAACCCGGUCAAGGCACCGCGCUACCGCGCCGGCAAGCCCACUGGCGUCGACUCCGAAUCCGAAUCCGACAACGUUUCCGAAGCCGAGGAGGAGGUCCCCAAGAAACCUCCCACGCGGAAGGCGCCAGCGCCAAAGUUCCACAAUGCAGCGGGUCCCGGUCGAAUCAUCAGUCGUGGCAACGAUGGCAAGAUCAACUUGAAAGCCGUCGGGAUAGGUAGCAACGCCCAAGACGACGAGGAAGAAGAGAAAAGGCGACGGGCAGCAGCUGCGAAGGCACGCAUCGCGGCCGAGCAGAAAGCAAGAGAGGAAGGGUUCGUGACAGAGGAAGAAGGCGAAGAGGAAGAGGAGGAAAGUGGCAGCGAGGAGGAAGAGUCGGAAGAGGAAGAGAGCUCAGAAGAGGAGGAAGCACCGAGGCGGUUGAUGCUGCGACCAAAGUUCAUUCGCAAGGCCGACCGCGAAGCUGGGGUAACCGCAUCCAACUCGACCUCAACAGGGAAGAAGUCAACACCCGAAGAAGACGAAGCAGCUACCGAAGAGGCCCGCCGCCGCGCCGCCGACGAGAUGGUCGAAGAACAAAUCAAGAAAGACAUCGCCGCCCGCGCCGCCGGCAAGAAGCACUGGGACGACGACACCGACCCAGAAGACGACCACGUCGACGACACGGAUGAUAUCGACCCCGAAGCCGAAUAUGCUGCCUGGAAACUGCGCGAGCUGAAGCGCGUGCGUCGCGAACGCGAGGCCAUAGAGGCCAAGGAGAAGGAACUCGCAGAGAUCGAGCGCCGGAGAAACCUCACGGAAGAAGAACGCCGCGCCGAAGACGAGAAACACCUGCAGCAACAAAAGGAGGAGAAAGAAGGCAAAGGGAAGAUGGCGUACAUGCAAAAGUACUUCCACAAGGGCGCUUUCUUCCAGGAUGAGAGCAAGGAGAUGGGACUGGAUAAGCGAGACAUUAUGGGCGCGAGGUUUGCGGACGAUGUCAAGAAUCGUGAGUUGUUGCCCAAGGCGCUGCAGUUGAGAGACAUGACCAAGCUCGGAAGAAAGGGCGCCACCAAGUACAGAGAUCUCAAGAGCGAGGACACGGGACAGUGGGGCCGUCUGCAUGACAACAGGCCGGGCAGGGAGUUUGACAGGUUUGGAGAUGAAAGAUUCCAGCCUGACGGCCCGCGAAGGGAUCAGUACGGCGAUAGGGGUGGUGAUGGGCCGAAGGGCUCCAAUGCCAUUCCUCUGGGUGAUCGCAAGAGUGCUCCUGAGAGAUCAAGGGGUGAUGACAGAUCGCGUGGCGAGGAUUGGUAUAGAGGUGAUAGGGAUCGCGACCGCUCUCGGGACCGUCACCGUGACAGGGACGGGGACAGAGACCGACACCGGAAUAGGGAUAGGUAUGGUGGUCGUGACCGCGACCGACGCCGGGAUGAUGAUUACAAGGAGAGGCGCCGGUCCCCGUCCCCAAGACGUGAUCGUGAUCACAACCACAAUGAGCGGAGGAAACGGUCACCCUCCAGGGAGCGAGACCGGUACGACAGCGACAAGCGAAGAAAGGUGGACACUAGGUAA